AUAGUUUCCGGAAAUGAAUUCCCACGUACACCAAAAGAGUAAAGCUGGUAUGCUGUCUAGGUCAUGAUGAGGUCAGUUGCCCCCCUUUGGAUGAUAAACUGCGUCGGAAUGUGCCGUCGACAACCCUCAACCCCUCAUUCUGUCCAUUUUAUCCCAUUCCAGUGGAUGUGGAUGAUCCCUGGCGUUUUGAAGUCCCAUGUUUCCACCUCGUGCGUGACUUGCUAGUAGUACAUCACAUCCUUAGUAUACUCCAUACUUCAUAUCUUAUAACUAUCCUAUACCUUACGCUUCCAACUUUCCAAUGGCCCGCGCUGCGAUAAGCAAGAUGUCCUGGGAAAACCAUGUCCUUCGGCCGGUCCAGAACGCCCCUCCGUCAAUAAUACCGACUCUGAUAUAUGGGACCGCAUGGAAGAAAACCCAGACUACGGAUCUGGUUCACCAGGCGCUGAGCACUGGCUUCCGUGCCGUGGAUACAGCUGCCCAACCAAAACACUAUCGGGAGGAUCUAGUUGGAGAGGGCAUUCGCCGGGCCCUCAACGAUGGCGCCAUCCAGCGCAAAGAUCUCCAUAUCCAGACCAAAUUCACCUCCGUCCGGGGCCAGGACCCCAAGGAUAUGCCCUACGAUCCGCAGGCGUCCGUGACCGAGCAGGUCCAUGCCUCGAUUCGUUCAUCGCUGCAUAAUCUGCGUCCGGCCGAGGCGCCGGAAAGUGCGGACGAGGCGUACCUCGAUAUGCUUAUCCUCCAUUCCCCACUGCCCACCAUGGCGCAGACGCUGGAGGCCUGGCAGACCUUCGAGACUUACGUCCCGCACCGCAUUCGCAACCUGGGGAUCUCGAACACCGACCUGUCCGUUCUGAAAGAGCUGUUCACCCAGGCGCAGGUGAAGCCGUCGGUGGUGCAGAAUCGGUUCUACGCCGAAACGGAGUAUGAUGUCGCGUUGCGGGCCUUCUGUCGGGAGCAGCACAUCGUCUAUCAGAGCUUCUGGACGUUGACGGCGAACCCGGAUCUCGUGCAUUCGAACGCCGUGCAGUCAUUGGCCCGGCGGGCAGAGCUCUCCCCGGCGGCAGCCCUCUACUGUCUGGUUUUGGGCCUAGGGUAUACCACGGUGUUGGAUGGGACCACCAACACGGCUCGGAUGGAAGAGGAUUUGGCUGCUCUCGCGAAGAUCGAACGAUUUUCUGGUGCGCAGCCAAAGGAGUGGCAGGAAAUCCUGGCAGAGUUCCGACUAUCAAUCGGGGAGUAAGCCACGGCAUUGGAUGAGAAGGUUUAGACUACUACCUAGUAGGUAUCCUCUCUACCUUGUUGUGUCACUGGGGGGGAAGGGAAAAGGAAACCCGCGAUAAAUUGUGGAGGUUGUCUCGUACUUACGGCGGAAUCUCGGUCCUGGCCCGUUUGUUCUUGGCUAUGCCCUCUUUUGGCUGGUGUUUGCGCUUUCCGUCCCUUUGUGGUCCUCUUCCCCAGUCACUUAGCAAGGGAGCAAAAAUUUGAUCAGCCAGAACUCCAUCGAAGGCGCUUGAAACAUCUGGAGAGCCAAUGGUUCUGGGGAUCACGGCCAUCUGGAGGCCGAACAAGGUCGAGACUACUGUUGAUAGUAGACGAUGAUUGGAUAUGAGGCCGAAGUGGAGAGCGUGCCGGUCCAAGGCACGACCGAACUAGUGUAUAGACAGCCUCAAACUGUACCUUUGUAGUAGUUUACAAGUCAAUUGAACAACACAAGAUUUUUUU